GGUGCGCGCUGGCGGGGGCCUAAAUUAGGGGCUGCGGGGCAUUGAGGACCGCUUGUCCCACCACACUCUCCGCCCCGCGGCAGCCGGAAUCGGGCUUCUGCUUCCCAGCCCGCGGCGGCGCCCCCACCACCUCGCUCCCCAGCACUCCCCCGGCUUUCCGGGAUCCGAAUUUGUAGGCCCCCCUAAAGGAUCCCAGUUGCUCUUCGCCCGGUCCUGCAGAACGGAAGUGGGGAGCCUGGACUUCGGUCCAGACGUUGGGGAUCGGGAUGACUGCCGUGCUGAUCCGAGAAGCCAAGGAGGGAGACUGUGGAAAUAUCCUAAGGCUGAUUCGGGAACUCGCUGAGUACUUGAAACUCUCAGACCAGGUGAAGAUCAGUGAAGAAGCUCUGAGAGCAGAUGGCUUUGGAGAGAAUCCUUUCUAUCACUGUCUGGUAGCAGAGAUUCUUCCUGCCUCCGGGGAGCCGCAGGGGCCCUGUGUGGUGGGCUAUGGGCUAUACUACUUCAUCUACAGCACAUGGAAGGGACGAAACAUUUAUCUGGAAGACAUCUAUGUGAAAGCAGAAUAUCGAGGUCAGGGGAUUGGUUCCAAAAUAAUCAAAAAAGUGGCUGAGGUGGCCCUGGAUAAGGGCUGUUCCCACUUCCGCCUGGCCGUCCUGGACUGGAACAGGAGGACUGUGGAAUUGUUCAGGGCCCUGGGAGCCCAAGAUCUGACGGAAGCUGAGGGCUGGCACUACUUUCAGUUUGAAGGCGAGGCGAUGAGGGAGUUGGCAGGAAAGUGAUGCCAUCCCUUGAAGAUCUGUAUUCCAGUUUCUCCAUCCCCACCAGCUCAAGCUCCCCUCAGAGACUGUCUCCACUGACCAAGGCCUCCCUGAAGGAAGGGAGGGAGGGCUAGGGGUGAGUAUUCCCAGAUGGAAAGAGAAGAAAGUGAGGAAGAAGCAGGCCUUCUUGCCUCUUUGUUAAGGGUGAAAAAUAAAUGAGAAUUCCUAUGUG